GCAAUUGUCCGAACGCUGUGCAAAUCGAUGCGAAGAGUUUUCGCAGCUGCACGCGCAGGAGGUACGUUUUUCCCUCCUUCCAAAAAGGAAGGAAAAACUAAAAGCUUCCAGCAGCUCAGCGCAACAGGCGUCGCCUCUUUUUGAGCCGAGCAUAGCAGAGGGUUGCUAUGGCGUCCACCAGCGAGGAGGAGCGCAGCUUGCGCGAGUGCGAGCAAUAUGUGCAGCGACACGGCAUUCAACAGCUGCUGAAGGACUGCAUCGUCCAGCUGUGCACGGCACGCCCUGAGCGGCCCGUGGCCUUCCUGCGGGAAUACUUUCAGAGGCUGGAGAAGGAGGAGGCAAAACAGAUAAUCAACCAGCAGAAGUCAAAUUCUCGUUCGGACUCGCGGGACGAUGAAAUUUCCCCACCGGUCAACCCAGGGGUUAAAGCUCGGCGCGGAGCCAUCAGUGCGGAAGUGUACACGGAGGAGGAUGCGGCGUCGUACGUCAGAAAGGUCAUUCCAAAGGACUACAAAACAAUGGCUGCCUUAGCCAAAGCCAUUGAGAAGAAUGUGUUGUUUGCACAUCUGGAUGACAAUGAGAGAAGUGACAUAUUUGAUGCCAUGUUUUCUGUCACCUAUAUUGCCGGGGAGACUGUCAUACAGCAAGGUGAUGAGGGCGAUAACUUCUACGUUGUUGACCAAGGGGAAAUGGACGUGUACGUCGACAGCGAGUGGGUCACAGGCAUCAGAGAGGGAGGCAGCUUCGGCGAGCUGGCCCUCAUCUACGGCACACCCCGGGCUGCCACCGUACAAGCCAAAACCAACGCCAAGUUGUGGGGCAUCGACAGGGACAGCUACCGAAGGAUACUCAUGGGCAGCACUUUAAGAAAGAGGAAAAUGUAUGAAGAAUUCCUUAGCAAAGUGUCGAUUUUAGAAUCCUUGGACAAGUGGGAGCGCCUGACAGUGGCUGAUGCGUUGGAGACAGUGCAGUUUGAAGACGGGCAGAAAAUUGUGAUCCAAGGAGAGCCGGGGGAUAAGUUCUUCAUCAUACUUGAGGGUACUGCCGCUGUCUUGCAGCGAAGGUCUGAGGAGGAAGAGUUUGUGGAAGUGGGAAGGCUAGGCCCUUCUGAUUAUUUUGGCGAGAUCGCGCUCCUGAUGAACCGGCCACGUGCCGCCACAGUGGUUGCACGCGGACCCUUGAAAUGCGUCAAGCUGGAUCGCCCCCGCUUUGAACGCGUUCUGGGACCCUGCUCUGACAUUCUGAAGCGCAACAUCCAGCAGUACAACAGCUUUGUCUCACUGUCCGUCUGAGGUGUCUGGGCAUCUGACACGGGGUUCAAAGCGCUGUACUUUUUUGUUGAAGUAUAACUGCCACUCUGAAUUUUUUUUUUUUUUUUUU